CACGCCUCCUCGUCUCGCGACUCUCUUGCGCGGUCCGGUGUUUUGCCUCCUUUCGCGUCUUCCUCGGAUGCAAGGAUGGCUCGAGCCUCCGCCGCUCUCGCCCGGCCUCUGCUCUUCCUGCUGGCCCUCGGUUCCACCGCUCGGGUCGGCGCUGAAGCAGGGACAGCCGGUCUCAGCGGGGCGCGCAAGUCCAAUGUGGUGCUGAUUCUGACAGACGACCAGGACGUCUACUUGGGGGGAAUGACACCUUUGAAAAAGACCAAUGCUCUUAUUGCAGAAAUGGGCAUAACUUUCUCAAAUGCAUAUGUACCCAGUGCACUGUGCUGUCCUAGUAGAGCCAGCAUCUUGACAGGAAAAUAUCCACAUAAUCAUCAUGUGGUGAAUAAUACUUUGGAAGGAAAUUGCAGCAGCAAAUCCUGGCAGAAGAUUCAGGAGCCAUAUACCUUUCCAGCUCUCCUCAAGUCUGAGUGUGGCUAUCAAACAUUUUUUGCUGGAAAAUACUUGAAUGAGUAUGGAGCAGAGGAUGCAGGAGGACUUGGCCAUGUUCCUCCUGGAUGGAGUUUUUGGUAUGCCUUGGAAAAAAAUUCCAAAUAUUAUAACUACACACUUUCAGUAAAUGGAAAAGCACGUAGGCAUGGUGAGAACUACACUGUGGAUUAUCUCACAGAUGUACUGGCCAAUAUGUCCUUGGAUUUUCUGGAACAUAAAUCCAGCUUUGAGCCAUUUUUCAUGAUGAUAGCAACUCCAGCACCACACUCACCUUGGAUAGCUGCUCCUCAGUAUAAGAAGAGUUUUGAGAAUAUUAGUGCUCCAAGAAACAAGAACUUCAAUAUCCAUGGAAAGGACAAACAUUGGCUUAUCAGACAAGCAAAGACUCCAAUGACAAAUUCUUCCAUACGAUUUCUAGAUGAUGCUUUUAGGAAAAGAUGGCAAACACUUCUGUCAGUGGAUGAUCUAAUAGAAAAACUUGUGAAGAAUCUGGAAUUUCAUGGAGAGCUGGAUGAUACAUAUAUUUUUUACACAUCAGACAAUGGAUUUCAUACAGGCCAGUUUUCUUUGCCUAUUGACAAACGGCAGCUGUAUGAAUUUGAUAUUAAAGUUCCAUUGCUUGUUCGAGGUCCAGGAAUCAAACGCAACCAGACGAACAAGAUGCUUGUGGCGAACAUUGAUUUGGGUCCUACUAUUUUAGAUAUUGCAGGCUAUGAUCUCAAUAAAACCCAGAUGGAUGGAAUGUCAUUGUUACCACUGUUGAGAGGAGAAAUAAACAAGACCUGGAGAUCAGAUGUUUUGGUUGAAUAUCAAGGAGAAGGCCAUAACAGCAGUGAUCCUACUUGUCCUGCCCUUGGGCCUGGUGUUACUCAUUGUUUUCCAGACUGUGUUUGUGAAGAUGCGUAUAACAAUACUUAUGCAUGUGUAAGGACGCUAUCGACUUCAUGGGAUCUGCAGUACUGUGAAUUUGAUGACCGUGAGGUGUUUGUUGAAGUUUACAACCUGACUGCAGAUCCACAUCAGAUUACUAAUAUUGAAAAAACAAUAGAUCAAGAAAUUUUAGAAAAAAUGAAUUAUCGGCUAAUGAUGUUGCAGUCCUGUUCUGGAACAACUUGCCGCACACCAGGAGUCUUCGAUCCAGGGUAUAAGUUCAACCCACAUCUGAUGUUUGGCAACCAAGGAAUUCAGACUCGCAGACUUCUUACACCUUCGCUGUAGCUGUACCUGCCACCUUGUUUGUUGCCAAGUCCAUUUCUCUGAAAUGACUGCAGAAAACAGUCUAACCCAUUCUGACGUCUUGAGACACUUGAACAGUUGAUCUUGCUGGUCAAACAAUCUCUAGCCAUGAGUUACUGACAUGAUCUUUCCUAGCCUACUCAAAUCUGAUUACCACACAGAAUAUUUCAUCUGAAGUUAAAUAUUAAUUUGGGAUGUGAAUCUUAAUAUCCUUGUUUGGUCUUGUUAUACACAGAGGUUAGGGCUGCUGUCUCCUAAUUACAACCACUACCUAACAGGCUUUUAAAAAGAUACAGUGUGCAUCUCUACUGCUUCCAUUCUGAGUCUCGUGAAUUAAAUUAAGCAGGCUAGUUGCCACUUGUUUCCUUCUCUGCUUUUCAGGGUUCACAUGGAAUCACUGGCUAGAAUCUGUGUGCCUGCUAUUGUCUGAUAUUACACGUAUGUGUUACCUACAGAAUCAGCUCAAAACUUUGAGUCAGAAUCAAGUAAACCAUUAAAUGAGAAUUCCUCCCACCAACUGUAUUUUCUGCUUGGAAUGUACACUGAAGUAGUAUAAGUCCCAUGACAAAAUUAUACUGCCUACCACUCUGAGUAUUUAAACUGGAACUUGGGCCUACUUGUUAGAAGAGAAGGUAUAUCUAGAUCCAAUAACUAAAAUGAAAAUUGAAUUACAGCUUCAGGUGCAGAAAUUCCUUCCGUUCUAGGACAGUUUUUUUCACUGAUGCAUUUGCACCCAAAUCCUAAGCUGGAUGGCUAUCACAUUGGAGCACAGUUGUAUUCUUCACUUGUAAUGCAAUGCAUUUUUAUACUGAAUAGUUCUUAAGAAAUGCCUUCACAAACAGCUGGUCAUUGUGUAAUUGCUAAGAAAAAGAGCUUUGAGAAUGGAUUUCUUGCAAAUGCUGUGAACCUGUCCUGGCAAAGCAGCAGUCAAAAGGCUAGCUGUUUCUCAAAAGAAAACUUGCAUCUUUAUGACAAUCUAUUAAAAAGGAUAUAACUCUUAGCAUGGAUAGAUAAUGUGAAAUAUGAUUUUCAUUUUAUAACUUAUGAAAUACUUUAAUCAGCUUUUAUGAUAACUUAGUUUUUUCUGUGAAGGGGGUAGGUAAAUAGCACAUGUUAAGAGCAAAUGACUGAAAUACAGUUGAACAUUUGAUCAGGAGUGAGAUCCUCCUCUAAGUGCCAUUUCUUCCCAUCUUUAUACUUCAGUGAAUCUUGUGCUUUGAUUUAUUGCAGCUGAACAUGUUCAAGCUUUUGUACUGUAUCUUUAGUUUCAUCAAUUUAGAGAGAUUGUUAAGGAUCUAAAUCAAACAAUGCAUGGAAAAAGCUGUCAUGAGGUUGGAUCCAAGUUUAUGUCAUCCUUGAGAUAUAAUAAUUGAAAUUGGUGGCAUAUAUUACUCAUGCCUAACUUGCCUCUAGCUUAUUUGAAUGCAUAAGCUGUCAACUAUGACCAAGUCUGGACUUAAUAGUUAUAUGGUUCUGAAAUCAGAUUUGUUUUACCAUCACAUUUAAUGCUUUCAAAGUUCCAGCAGGUUUUAAUAGUCCCAAGAAAGUGAUUUAAUUUCCUAUAUCAUGUAAAGUGACCUCUAACAUACAGUUGAUGUACUGUAGGUUUAUGCCUAGCAAAAUACUUAAGAUUAUUUUUAUGCCUGGGUCAGAGUAAAGUUGUAUUAUAUCUUCCCUUCAUGCUAUGGUGGCUAACCAUGCAGAAGCAGUACAAAAUCUAGAACAGACAAAAAUUCAAUUCUGACCUGUUCCUUAUCUUAAUCUUGUUUUUCUUGUGUACAACUACUAUAGAAAUCCACUGAUGGAUUUUUCACAGCUAGUUAAUGUGCCUGUAAACCACUUUUAAAUUUAGUAGCAAUGUAAGGAGAAACCUGGCGUUAUUACUGUGAAAGUAAUAACCUGGCGUUAUUACUUGGAUAGUUUUGCUUUCCUAUUAGAUUAAUGGUUUUACCUUACAACACUGACCAACUUGCACUUCAAAUGCUUUAACUAUUUAACAGUGAUGAAAGUUACAUAUGCUUACAACUUCAGUAUGAAAACCAGGCAUAUUUUUGAAGAUUUCGGAUUGUUUCCAAAGAAUCAAGAGAGAAAAAUACAGAUUUGGAUUUGAUAACCAUCUGAGUCUGAAUGAGAAAUAGCAUUAAGGUACUUCUAUGUAAUAGCUACUCAACAUUAAUCUUCCUAUGCCCCCGAUUUAAUCACUUUAACAAAAAGGAAAAUUAUAAACACUAUAAUCACAUACAAUGCAUAAAAAAGUUUUGGCAACUCUCUACCUGCACCUUACUGCGAAGUUACUAUGCUACUGUUGGUUACUAAAAUGGGCUUUAUAGAAUACUAGUUGUAAUAUGUAAGUGUAACUUGUUCAUACAUAAAAGGGAAACAUGUCUGGCAACUGUAUGACAAGCCAUUCAGUGGGGAAUUUUUCUGUCUGGCAAGCUGGUGUUAACAAUUGUUUGAUACAUGGAACUGUUGCCAUAUUUCAUAAGCAUCCUGAGUUGCUGUGACUGCUAAAUUGGAUUUUAUUGUGCUUAUGCACAACAUUUUGCAGGAACAAAUGCAAAUUAGUUUUAUUGAUUCAUCUGGAAGGGCUAAGUAAUGUUUUCGCACACUACGCUAAAAACAGCUGUUCCUCUUUUUAAAAACAAUGAUCCAAAAGCAAAUGCUUUAAAUGACAAAUUGCCCUUGGAGAUGUUCUAUUCGAUACACUAAGAGUCACUGCAUCAACAGUAUGCAUCUUUGGGUUUCCAGGUACUUUUAUGGCAAUCAGACUUCUUUUGUUCUACAUUGAUUAACAUCAGAAACUAGUGGUAGCUUUGUUUGCAAUGCUACUUAAAGCCAUAACAGUCGCAUAGUCUUCUUUAUCAUAAUAAAUGUCAUUAAUGUGUCUGUGCAGUAUGGCAACUAUAAAUACAUGUUCUCUUCUUCAGUAUUUUGAUUAGAAAGUGCCCUUUCAAGGACCCUGUAUAUUGCUGCACACUUUUCAGUGAUUAAAUUUGUCUACAAUAAAAUGUUUGAGCAUUAAAAAUCA